AUGCUCUCUGAUGAGGAAGAUGAAGAGAGCCAGCAGCAGCGUAAAUUUAGAUGUGAUAUUUGUGAUAUUGCCUUCAGAUUUCAGGGUCAUUUGGAUCGGCACAAACGCUCGACCGCCCAUUUGAGCAUGCUCGAAGUGGGCGGCCCUGGCAUCGUUCCCCAACAAGUUGCAACUGUGAGUGAGAUUGACUCGCCGCCACCCCCGCCAUCAUCGCACCAAGUUUUCAUCCGACGAGCGCUAGAAAACGCCACGCUGCAAUCGCAUUUUGGGCAUUUGCCCUGGGCGGCACCGCCUAUUCAGCGCACUCCUCCUUCAACUUCCGUCGGCUUCGUCAAUCACAUCGAUCCACCUUCACCUUCAUCCCCAUAA